GAUCAGUAUGAUACUAUCAGUCAUCAUACACAGAGAGGACUAGAUUUCACAGAGAAAUUCACACAUUUACUGAAAGAAAGAAGUGCAAUAGAGUUGGAAUAUGCUGGUAAAUUAAAAAAACUUGUAAAAAAUUUUCAACCCAAGAAGAAAGAUGAAGAUGAGUAUCAAUUUUCCUCGGCGAAGGGUUUUGUAGAAAUGAUAAAAGAACUACAUGAUAUCGCUAGUCAACAUGAGAUGAUAGCAGAGAAUUUACAGGGUGUUGUGAUGAAAGAAAUGCAAGCUUUAAUUGGUGAAAUUAAACAGGAACGAAAAAAGUAUUUACAAGAUGGUUCCAAGUUACAGGAACAAAUACAGAGAUCAUAUCAACAGUUAGAAAAGGCUAAAAGUAAAUAUGAACGAGGUUUUAAAGAAGCUGAGAAGACAAUGGAUAAUUAUAGAAAGGCUGAUGCUGAUAUUCAUUUAUCUAGAGCAGAAGUAGAAAAGACAAGAAUGUUAAUGAAUACCAAAGCUCAGUUAGCUGAAGAAUGUAAAAAUGAAUACGCGGCCCAGUUACAGAAUACUAACGCUCAUCAAUCUGAAUUCUAUAACACUCUCAUGCCAGCUGUGUUUCAGCAAUUACAAGAUAUGGAUGAAAAGCGUAUCAAUAAAAUACGUGAUUUCAUCAACCAGUGUGCUGAAACAGAGGCUAGCGUUAUACCUAUUAUUAAUACUUGUAUUGAUGGAAUGAAAAAAGCUGCUAGUUCUGUUGAUGCUGCCAGUGAUUCUCGGCUUGUGAUAGAAAGACAUAAGUCAGGAUUUCAGAAACCUGAAGAUAUUCAGUUUGAAGAUUUAAGUUUAGGGAAUUCUAUCGAACAUUCUAAUAACAUUACACCCAAAAACACAAUUGAUAAAAAUACAAAGUCAGCAACGCUCUCUGGAAAAUCAAAAAAGCGAACCGGUUUGUUUGGAUUAUUCGGUUCUUCCAAAGUGGACGAUCAACGAGAAGAUUUCAGUGACCUACCUCCGGCUCAACGGAAAAAGAAAUUACUACAGAAAAUUGACAGUAUUAAAAAAGAAAUGGCGAAAGAGUCGGCAGAGAGAGAGGGUAUGUUAAAAAUGAAAGAUGUUUAUCUCAAUAAUCCAGCAUUAGGUGACCCUUCAACCCUAGAUAAAAAGGUGGAAGAAAACGCCCAGAAAAUAGAUAGUUUACGAGAAGAACUUCAUAAAUUUGAGGGAUAUUUAAACGAUUCUGAAAGUCGCGGUAAUAGUAAGCGUAAUAGUACGUCAGAUGAUUCUAUAUCGAUGACGGCGUCAGAAAGUAGCAUGAUACAGCGUCAAGACAACUCGUUACCCGGUACCCCACAGACUCAGCAUAAUGUAGCUAAUGUGUACGCACCAGUUGAUGGUUUAUCAGAUGAUGAAGAGGAUGAAUUUAAUUAUCCAAUAGAGGGAACAUGUAGAGCAUUAUAUAAAUUUGAGGCUGUAAAUGAGGGUUCAAUACCAAUGGAAGAGAAUGAAGAGAUGUAUAUUAUAGAAAAAGACCAGGGUGACGGGUGGACGCGAGUUCGUAAAAACGACAAUACAGAAGGUUUUGUACCGACUUCCUAUAUAGAGUGUCAUUUAUACGCCGUGGAUCAAGUGUGA